UAUAUAUUUUGAUUUAUUUAAAUAAUUUUCUAGAUGAUAUGCAAGUGAAUGAACAACAAUGUAAGGACAGGGGCUGUAUAUGGGACUCGACGCCACGACCCCCGGGAGUGCCCAUAUGUUAUUUGGACCCAAAACAAGUCGGCUAUAAAGUGCCCGCAGGUGUCAAGAAGACCGACACCGGACUGGAGGCCGAUCUCCACCUCAAAGAUACGGCCAAACGUACCCUCAAAUCCAUGCCAUCCAUAGAGAGCAUCAAGUUUUCGGUCAAAUAUAUGACCGAAAAUAUACUUCGGUUCACAAUAAGAGAUCCGGCGGUCAAGCGAUACGAAGUUCCCGUUCAACAGGUGUUUAAUCUGAUGGACAGGACUGAGAGAGACGAGCAAAAGCGCAGGUAUGCCGUCGACGUCGGCACUGAUCUCAACGACUUUCAGUUCACUAUCACUCGCAAAGACACCAAAACUAAAAUGACUGAGAGAGACGAGCAAAAGCGCAGGUAUGCCGUCGACGUCGGCACUGAUCUCAACGACUUUCAGUUCACUAUCACUCGCAAAGACACCAAAACUAAAAUUUUUGACACAUCGAUCGGUGGUUUAGUAUUUGCCGAUCAAUUCCUACAAUUGGCCACUAAUUUGGCCACAAAUAACGUCUACGGCUUCGGCGAGAAUGUGCACCAAAGCCUACGACACGACCUGAGUUACAAGACUUGGCCGCUAUUCGCUCGUGACGUACCACUCAGCGAAGAAAUGCAUAAUCAUUACGGCGUUCACCCGUUCUAUACUGUACUGGAAUCGGACGGCAAAGCGCACGGAAUACUGUUUCUCAACAGUAACGCUAUGGAUUAUACACUAUUGCCACAACCGGCCCUGUCGUUGAAAAGCACCGGGGGUGUUUUGGACUUUUUUGUAUUUGUAGGCGAUAACCCCGAGCAUGUGAUACAGUUGUACACAUCAGUGAUCGGUCGGUCAACAAUGCCUCCCUUCUGGGGUCUGGGCUAUCAAUUGUGCCGAUACGGGUUCACUGGCACACAGAAUGUUCGCGAGACGAUUGACCGUAAUAUUAAAGAAAAAAUACCAUUGGAUGUAAUGUAUCUCGAUAUUGACUACAUGGAAAACUACGAAGAUUUUACGUAUGAUAAACAUGCGUUCGCCGGCCUCCCGGAGCUGUUCAAAGAUACCAUCGCCAAAAACAAUCUUCACUGGACCCUAAUGCUAGACGCGGCCAUCGAGGCCAACAACACCGCCUACCAGUCGUUCAACGAGGGCUACAAACAGGACGUGUUUAUCAAAUGGUCCAAAGAGGUGCCGGUGAAGGACCGACACAACCCUCCCAACGUGCCCAUCGAUAAGGACACCAUUUACGGCAAAGUGUGGCCGUACGGACCCGCGGCCUUUCCCGACUUUUUCAAGUCCAAGACCGACCAGUGGUGGCACAAUCAAGUGAAAAAUUUGCAUGAUGUUUUGCCCUUUGAUGCACUUUGGAUUGACAUGAACGAGCCUUCAAACUUUAAUUCCACCUGUACUAAUAAUAAAUACGAUUUCCCACCGAUUAGAACAUCGACACUAUGGGGCGGAACCGGCAAACAACUGUCCCAACAGACUAUUUGCAUGACCACCACUCAGGGAGAUAAUGAAGAGUACAGUCAUUAUGACGUUCACUCGCUUUAUGGUGUAGGCGGGAUAAUUGCUACACAAAAGGCAUUACACGCUACCACUGGUAAACGUGGGUUUGUAGUGUCCCGGAGUACAUACCCCACAUCGGGCCGAUACGGCACCCACUGGUUGGGCGAUAAUAAAUCUUAUUGGAAAAUGAUGCACCACUCGGUGGUCGGUAUGCUUGAGUUCAACAUGUUUGGCAUUAGUUUUGUUGGAUCCGACAUUUGUGGCUUUAUAGGGGAGACAAAUCCGCAAUUGUGCCGCCGGUGGUCACAAUUGGGCGCUUUCUACCCGUUUUCACGAAAUCAUAACGAGAAGGGCCGUCCAGAUCAGGACCCGGCCGUAUGGGUGAGCAAAGGACACCCGGAGGUGACUGAAGCGGCCCGCAGUUCACUGCAGCUCAGGUACCAAUUGUUGCACUAUUUGUAUACACUAUUCUACCGGAGCUAUGUUUAUGGCAAUACCGUCGCCCGACCCCUGUUUCACGAAUGGCCACAGGAUGUAAACACGCAUAGCAUUGACAGUCAGUUUAUGUGGGGCCGGGAUAUACUCAUAUCACCUUUUCUGUUUGAGAACCAGCAACACGUGGCCGCAUAUCUACCCCCCGGCGAGCGUUGGCACGAAGUGCGGCCCCAAUUAAAACUCGCGCCACAAGUCGGACACAUCACUAUUCAAGACACUCAACCCAACGGUCCGCCACCCGUCCAUUUCAGGAGUGGCGCUAUUAUACCGAUGGUUACAGACACCCAACUGACCAGUACUACGGGUCCGGCUAUGAAUCAAAUAGACCUCGUUGUGGUGCCUAAUGUCAAAUGGGAAGCCAGGGGUGAAUUGUUUUGGGACGACAGGGAGGGCAUCGACACCAUAGACGCCGGCAAAUACAAUCUCUACUCAUUCACUCAAUACGCCAAUUGCACCAUGGAGAUCCAUGUGUCUAAGGCCGGUUAUACCAGUGGCAUACACCCCACUGUGCGCCAGGUGCUUGUCCAAAGUACAGGUGUUAAGGACCAUGGUGUAGAGGCUAAACUAGACGGCAAAAUUGUGCCGACUAAACGUGGUGAUAAUGGUGCCAUAGAAAUUACAGUUAAUUUGUCACUGGGUGAUAAGCUAGAUCAGCGUAAUGAAAGGGGCUGUAUAUGGGACUCAACGCCACGACCCCCGGGAGUGCCCAUAUGUUAUUUGGACCCAAAACAAGUCGGCUAUAAAGUGCCCGCAGGUGUCAAGAAGACCGACACCGGACUGGAGGCCGAUCUCCACCUCAAAGAUACGGCCAAACGUACCCUCAAAUCCAUGCCAUCAGAAAAUCUUAACAAUCGUUUAGAUUGUUAUUUGGAGUUUGACACGAAAGGUGAACAUCUAUGUAAGGAAAGGGGCUGUAUAUGGGAUUCGACAGGACGGCCCCCGGGAGUGCCCAUAUGUUAUUUGGACCCAAAACAAGUCGGCUAUAAAGUGCCCGCAGGUGUCAAGAAGACCGACACCGGACUGGAGGCCGAUCUUAAACUGAAAGAUACGGCCAAACGUACC